GCUUGAAGCGGUGAAAUGCAAUAAAAGAUCGCGGUUUGACUGAAUGAUGUCAGUAUAACGCCAUAGCACGCAGUAGCCAGACAGCUAGCAUUCACGAGUCCAUUACUAGGAUCGCGUUCCAUCUUACAUCAACAUCAUCGAACUCUGAAUGACCAAAACGUGCUCUAUCGGGAAAGAAGAAUCAGUGAAGAAAUACAAUUAUCGUACUCCGCGAUAGAUGCAUGACAAAUCGUCCAGUAAGUUGAAUCGAUCAGCAUGAUUGAUGCAUGGACGGUGACCUCGGCUUUGCUCGUCGUGGGUGCGGCGGCGAUCUAUUAUUACCUAAAAACUGUGUAUAGUUUCUUCCACAAUACCGGGAUUCCGGUCGCGCCGUCGUUGCCGGUUUUGGGUAGCCUGUGGAAAGGGGUCGCGCAAAAAUGUACCUUCGCCGAGUUAGUUCAACAACUUUACAAUGUCCACCCCGAAGCACAGUACGUCGGCUUUUUCGACUUCCUCACGCCGGUGAUUAUGAUCCGCGACCUGGAGCUGCUGAAGUCCAUCACGGUGAAGAAUUUCGAGCAUUUCCAGGACCAUCGCUCGCAGGCGGACUCAUCGGAACCGCUGUUCAGUAAGAACUUAUUCGCUUUACGCGGAGAACGAUGGAAAGAAGUGAGAACCUUGUUGAGCCCAGCUUUCACGUCCAGCAAAAUGAAAGCAAUGUACAAAUUGAUGCGCGAGUGUGCGGUACGGUACGGGGAGAUUUUGGCUACGGUACCCGUAAAGGAAAGGUCCAUGGAGUUGAAAGACACGUUCACCAGAUACACGAACGACGUGAUCGCCACCUGUGCCUUCGGCGUGACCGUGGAUUCGAUGUCGAACCGUAACAACACGUUCUAUGUGUACGGCAGGAGAGCCACCCAUUUCGGCAGGUGGCAGUCUAUCAAGUUCUUCUUGAUGCGCAUUUCGCCAAGGCUUUUGAGGUUGCUGGGUAUGAAGCUGGUGGACAAGGAAAUUGCAGAAUUCUUCCAGGAUUUGAUCUCGUCGACCAUUAAAGCUAGGGACGAGCAGGGCAUCGUGCGACCGGAUAUGAUUCAGUUAAUGAUGGAAACUAGAGGAAAAUUGGGUCCAGGCAAAGAACUGACGAUCGAGGACAUGACCGCGCAAGCGUUUGUUUUCUUCUUCGGCGGGUUCGAGAGCACCUCGACCCUGAUGUGCUUUGCUGCAUAUGAAGUAGGAGUGAAUCCGGAGGUUCAAAAGAGGUUGCAGGAAGAGAUCGACGAGGUGCUGGAGAACGGCAAAGGAGAGGUGUCGUAUGAGGCGAUUAACGACAUGAAGUAUCUAGACGCUAUUAUAAACGAAGCUCUAAGGAUGUAUCCGGUGAUCGUUGGUGUGGACAGAGCCUGCACGAAACCUUUCGAACUGCCGCCUCCGCUGCCAGGAGGAAAGCCGCAUCUAGUCAAGAAGGAUGAGUACCUUUGGAUACCAAUCUACGGGGUGCAAUUCGAUCCUCAAUACUUUGAGGAGCCUACGAAGUUCAAUCCGGACCGUUUCCUCGACGAUCCGAAGAAAAUCCUGAAUUCCGGAAUGUUUUUGACCUUCGGCUUGGGUCCGAGAAUGUGCAUCGGCAACAGGUUCGCGCUGCUCGAGGCCAAGGUGUUGCUGUUCCACGUGUUCGCUCGCUGCAACCUCAAACCAAAUGAACGAACACCUAUACCGAUGAAGUUGAGCAAGAAAGGGUUCCAAAUGACGGCUGAAGGUGGAUUUUGGUUCGACGUCGUGCCGAGGAAAAUCGCCACUCCCGUACUUGUGAAUUCCGUGAGCAAUGGCAAUGCUACAUAUUAGUAGAGUACGUUCUUCUAUUUUUGUAAUAUAUUGUUUUAUUAUAGCAUAAUUUUUAUAGAAACAUCUAGGUGAUGAUUAUUUCUGAAUACAGUGGUAUGUAAGUUUGGCAUCAAUCCUUGUUUAAUAGUAUAAUGCACGCUGUGAAAGUAUAAUAAUGACAGUAUCGUUGACUAUGUUCAAUGAAUAUUAUAUAGUAAUUAUUGUACACGUUUCUACCAAUUUUACAAAUAUACUUGCAUAAUCAAUGUA